CAGGCUACGAGGCAUUCGUUGCCACAGGGUGUGUGGAGUCCCUCAGGUUAUUUAAACUUGCCCACUUCCCCAAUAAGCAGGUCCUCAUCAAGCAUUAUCCUCAUUCAACCUCAUUCAUUCAUAUAUCAUUCUUUGUAAUAUACCAUCUAAAAUCAAGUCCUCCGCGUUCUACACGUUCUACACGUUCUACACUCUCUCUACCAUCAUGUCUGGCCCAAUCAAGUCUUCAUUGGUCAAAGCCAUUGCAGCCAUCAAGGAGCCUGCCUUCCAAAAAGCUACUGAAAAAUUCGUCGAAGAUAUCGCCGCCAAAAUCCCAAUCAUCACUGGAAUCAAGUUGAACGGAUCCCGACCCCAUAAGUCUCAUGACGACCCGGCUGAUCCUAAGCCCGUCAUAUCCUUCGCUCUCUACAAAUCGAAUAAGCUGAAUAGCCGGAAUCGUGUGGGAAGUGGUCACGUUCACGAUGACGGCACUGGACAUGUCAACUUCUCGUCCAAGUACAAGCAAUAUCGUGCCAUUACGGGAAUGGAGUACAAACCUCCGAUCGGCCAGUCCAGCAGCUCUGGGGAAUCGAAGUCAGGUGGCUCCGGCCUCACGUGGAGGACAAACGAGCAGGCCAAGUAUGCAGAAUGGUGGGACGGCACGAAUUGGGUUGCAGGAAAUUGGUCUAAUGAGUAUCAAAAAUGGUGUGCUUGUUACAAUGGUCAAUGGUACUAUUGGUAACACUAUUGGUAACAUGCUUACUUAGCAAAUAAUUUUUGUCUGACUGUAUUAAAUCUUUCCAAUGUAUGAAAAAAGGGAGAAGUACUACAACACAAGCUCGCAGUAACUUUAGGAGAAUCUUAGCAACGCAUCCGAACUCAAUUUAC